CACUUUUCCUCUACAUCACAUUUGACCUCCACUAUGAGCGAAGAAAACGAUCCACUUUUGGCGGCUCUCAAUGCUGACGAAAAUGACAAUGCCUCUGAACAACCUCAACAACCAGCUGAUCCAGAGAGAGACAGAGCACUUUCCAGAUUCAAGGACAAGUUGCUUGAACACCGUAAAUGGGAUUCACGCUUGAAAGAACUUCGUCUCAGCAUACGAGAAUUGGACAACGACUACGAAAGAACGGAAAAUGACAUCAAAGCUUUGCAAUCAGUUGGUCAGAUCAUAGGGGAGGUGUUGAAACAGUUGGAUGAAGAAAGAUUCAUUGUUAAGGCUUCUUCUGGACCUCGUUACAUUGUAGGCUGUCGUAAUACGAUCAAGAAAGAAAGCUUGAAGAACGGUGUAAGAGUCUCUUUGGAUAUGACUACAUUGACAAUCAUGAGAAUAUUGCCUCGAGAAGUUGACCCCUUGGUGUACAACAUGACGACUUUUGAACCAGGUGAAAUCUCCUUCAAUGGAAUUGGUGGUUUAACAGAACAGAUUCGUGAAUUACGUGAAGUAAUCGAGUUGCCUUUGAAGAAUCCUGAGUUGUUCCAUAGAGUCGGCAUCAAGCCUCCAAAGGGUGUACUUUUAUACGGUCCUCCUGGUACCGGUAAGACGUUGUUAGCUAAGGCUGUAGCAGCCACCAUUGGAGCCAACUUCAUUUUCUCACCUGCUUCGGCCAUUGUAGACAAGUAUAUCGGAGAAUCGGCCAGAUUGAUCAGAGAGAUGUUUGCAUAUGCCAGAGAGCAUGAACCCUGCAUUAUCUUUAUGGACGAAGUGGAUGCCAUUGGUGGCCGUAGAUUCAGUGAAGGUACUUCUGCCGAUAGGGAAAUCCAGAGAACUUUGAUGGAAUUGUUGAACCAGAUGGAUGGAUUUGACACUUUGGGCCAGACCAAGGUGAUCAUGGCAACUAACAGACCAGAUACCUUAGAUCCAGCAUUGUUGAGAGCAGGUAGAUUGGACAGAAAGAUCGAGAUUGGAUUACCAAAUGAAGCUGGAAGAUUGGAGAUCUUCAAGAUCCACACUGCCAAAGUAGCCAAACAAGGUGAGUUUGACUUUGAAGCAGCGGUCAAGAUGAGUGAUGGCUUCAAUGGUGCCGAUAUCAGAAAUGUAGUCACGGAAGCGGGUUUCUUCGCCAUCAGAGAUGACAGAGACUAUAUAUUGCAAAAUGAUUUGAUGAAGGCGGUCAGAAAGGUUGCUGAUGUGAAGAAGUUGGAAGGCAAGUUAGACUACGAAAAGUUGUGAUGUAAUAUAGUAAUAAUAAGAAUGCGCAAUGUUGU